UACUAGGGAUAAGAAUAGGGAAAUAUAAUAAAAACUCUAACAUUCUAUCGGCUGUGAACCCAUCGUUGAGUGAAUAAAAUGCACAACAUUGGCAUAUUCAGUGUAAUAUUUUUCGCUCUGGCAGCAGUAGUCUGCUUAAGAGUAAAAGAGUUCCUGGCUAUGCCAGUGUCCUCAACUAAGCAGUUCGGUGAGCAUUUGGGAUGCACAACAGCGGAGAAGAAUGCGCUGGAAACUACAACAGUUCGGGGAAGAUCCAGCAAUAAGGCCUGGGGAAUAUGGAUGAAUCAGAGUCCAAACAAGAAAAUACAAAAUAUGAUCAAGGCGGGGGCCACAUCCAGCAUCGAUACCAGCGUCAGACGACCGCUUAAUUCCAGUGUAACAAAUGGUACGAUGCUGACAGACUUGCGACUGUUUGAAGGUGCUGUCAGCGUGAGAGCAGGCAAAGGCGGUGCUGAUGGUAAAGGAGAGGAUGACAAGGGCGGGGAUGAAGGAGGUGGCGUUGGCGUGCAGUACGCUCCACCCAAAGAGUUGACCGUCAAAAUUCCAAUGGUAAAGCAGAAUGAAUAUGGUCAGUGGGUUUUCGAUCCAUGGGCAGCGACCUUUGGAGUCAUGUUUUUGGAUACACGAUUUGCGGCCAGAGCCGCUCACACACUGCCCCGCGUGUUGGUCGACUCCAAUCCGAUAAGAGAAUAUUAUCCACGCAAAAAGGAUUUGAUAGAAGUCUGUGGCAACAAGAGCACCCUUUACCCUGGCGAUAAUGUCAAGGAGUGGCUAAUGCGGCAUCUGUCCAAGACAAAGUUGAAGUUUCGCCCCUUCCAAAUGGGCCUGCGGCAUACAAUGUACACAUUUGCGUUAUCAGAGGUCUGCCACUCGGAACAAUAUUCAGAACUGCUGAACUUCCUACAGUGCUCGAUGCUGCGCCAUCAGCGAAUGGAAGCUGAGUUGCCCAAAUAUGCAGAACAGCAGAAAGCCAUAUCCUAAUAAUUCAGACAUCAAUUAGGCGUUCUCCAUACUC